AACCACUCAAUAAAACCAGUGCCUACGAUACGCGCAAUAAUUAUCACCUACUCGCCUGACCGACCGUUCACCGAUGUAUACGCGCCAUCGAGCCGCCGCGCCGAUUUAUCGCCCGACCCCCCAGGGGAGGUUCGAGGCCCGUCGAUGAUAAGACGAGAGGACCACCUCCGAGGGCUCCCAUGAUGCGCCCAAGGACCGACGCCUGAACCCCCGGCCAGGGACCCCCCUCUCUCGGGGACAUGUCACACCUAAUGCUCUGCAACCUCGGCAACAGCUCGAACGCGGGAAAUGAUACCAACAACAACGCCAACACCAACAGCAGCAUGGAGGACGACGACUCUUACGUGCUGCCGACCAUUUAUCGGUGUCGCGCUCCGAUAGCGAGUUUGGACUGCAUGGAAGAGUUCAAUGGCGGCGGCGGCGGCGGAGACUCCGGCGUGAUCUGCGGCACCACGGUCGGCACUAAAGAGCAGCUGCUCACGAGCUGCAUAGCCGCACAAGCUCAACGUUUACAGCAUCCUUCGCCAGGUAUUCGCUACCGCAACUUGGGCAAAAGCGGUCUACGUGUUUCCAAUGUUGGAUUAGGUACGUGGACCACCUUCGGGGGCGUCGGAGGUGCCAGCAGCGAGGAGGCCGCCGAGGCCGUCGUCUCGCUGGCCUACGACAGCGGCAUCAACGUCUUCGACCUGAGCGAGGCGCACAGUGGACAUCGAGCCGAGACACAACUGGGCCGCAUACUUCUGCGACGCGCCUGGAACCGCUCCAGCUACGUCGUUACCACCAAAAUCUACUGGAAUACCAAGACCGAGGGUCGGGGCUUGUCGCGCAAGCACAUCAUCGAAUCCGUGCAAGCUUCCUUGGUCAGGCUGCAGCUCUCGUAUAUCGACAUCGUCAUGAUCCAUAAGGUCGACCCGAUGUGCCCCAUGGAAGAAAUCGUGCGAGCCAUGAACUACGUGAUAAGCAAGGGCUGGGUCAUGUACUGGGGCACUUCUCGAUGGUCCCCCGUAGAGAUCAUGGAGGCGUACACGAACUGCAGGCAAUUCAACUGCGUCACUCCCAUCGUAGAGCAAGCGGAGUACCACCUGUUUUAUAGGGAGAAGCCGGAGCUGUACAUGCCCGAGUUGUACAACAAAAUUGGAGUCGGCUUGAUGGCCUGGUCAACGGUGACGAUCGGCAUGGUCUCCGCCAAACCGGAGGACUGUGGGGUCUCCUUCCUGUCCAGGUCGUCGUACAAGUAUUCCUCGUUCAGUUGGACAGAGGAUGAAACCCAAUCUUUGUACAAAGAGUACGCCUGGAAGGACAAGACCGUCGACGAGGAGGCACGGAAGUACUCGGACAAGCUGAGGGACGUUUGCGCCCUUGCCGAGAGACUGGGAUGCUCUUUUGCUCAGCUGGCUAUCGCGUGGUCCCUUAAGAAUGAAAGUGUCCAGUGCCUUCUGCUGGGAGCGUCCAACAUAGAUCAGCUGUACGAGAGCCUUCAGAGCUUACAGUUGAUUCCGAAGUUGAAUGCGACCAUGAUGACCGAGAUCGAGAGGAUACUCGACAACAAGCCGUCCCGACCACCCAUGGUGUCGACUCUGGCUCUCAGAUGACAAUCGAUCUGCCCCCAUGGAAGCGGUGGGGGCUCCCUGGAAGAGGGUGGCAGCCCGAAGAGCGAGGGGGGCAACAGCCAGGACCAGGAGCAGACCAAAGAGAUGAGCAACAAGCUUUCCUUCUGCGAGAUCCAGUGAGACCGAUCGACCAGCCUGCUCCUGGACGCCUCCAGAUCGGUCGCGGGUUUCACCAAACUGCGGAUCCUCGCGACCAGCUCCGUUAUGGCACUUCGUACUUUUAUAAGAAAUUUUCGUAAUCGCGCGAAUCCACGGUUCCGUCUUUGCGGAGAACGACUCGCGGGGGUCGCCGAUCGACCCCGAAGAGGUGGAGGCAAAGCGAGGGGCUGUUCACUCGGAAAUCGGGGAAAACGAUUUACUUCUUUGAGAACCUUCAUUUCGUAUGAUAAACGGCAAUGAGAUUCGG